AUGCGCAAUGCCUAUAUUAUCGCUCAGUCGCAGCUCCUCCAGCUCGCCAAGCAGAUGGAGUACGACACCGACGUCACGGCGUGGGAGGAUGGCUGGGACGAGAACUUGGGCGAGUUCUGGAAAGAGCUCGCAAAGAACUCGUACCAGUCCCGCGACGAGUUCCUGUCCGGCAAGCCGGUCAGCACGGCCCAGAUCGUGGCCGACCUGUUCAAGUCGCCUCGCAAGCGUGGCAAGGCCAGUCCGCAAAAGGCCGCGCCGCGCCUGUCUGCGUCGCCACUGACGAAGCGCGCACUUGAAACGACCGCGCCACAGGCAAACACGGCCGACCUCUCGCACUCGGACGACGAAAUGCUCCUGUCGAGUGCACGCCAAAGCGACGGCCCUCGUGAUGCUGACCGCCUCUUGCCUCCGAGUGCCGGCGAUAUCCAUGAGCCGCAGCCGGAGCAGCGCGCCGAGGCACCCGCUGCACCGACCGAGGCGCCGGCCGACCGCAAGGUCCCGCUGCCGUCCACGACACCGGGCACAGGUCUACGCCCGAAGCGCACGCUGAGCAAGGCCACGCUCCGGAGCACAAAGAAGCCAGCCGAGGCGCCCGCGCCGACGCCCGCGCCUGCGCCGUCGUCCAAGGCGCCAACACAGCGGUUCCGCUCGAGCUUCCUCAACAAGAGCCUGCACAAGGCCAUCGAGGAGCGCAUUGCUGGUAGCGGAGGUGCUGCAGGCGACGACAGUCUCGAGCCAAGUCCAUUUGAUGAUAGCCACGAUCAUGCGCGCCCUGCCGACCAGGAGCCCGGGAAGGAGUCGGAACACAAAGAUACCAUGGAUACCACCCACCCCACAUCCCCGCCCCGGGACCCUUCGGGCCAGCUGGAUGCACUGCGCACACGCCUCGAGACCGCGCGGCGUACCAGCACCACGACACACACGCAUACCGUGCCGACGAUCCCCGAGGCGCACGUCGGCCGGCCCGCAGUGCGCCUGAGCGCCGCUCGGCCCGCAUUGAGCGAGGAUCGCGCGCGCCCUGCGACGCCAGAGCCCAACCAGGAACAGACGCCGGAACUGGGCAAGUCGACGACGCCGACGCGCACGGCAGACAGCAAAAAGGCGCCGUCGCAUCUGCCGGUGCCGUCGCCCAGCCGCGUGCACGCUUCACCGAGCCGUAUUCCGACAGCACUGCGCUCGCCGUCGCGUCUCGAGCGCCCUGGAUCGCGCCUCGAUGCGACGCCGUCACGCCUCGAGCGCCCGGGGUCGCGUCUCGAUCUCGCGCGGAAAGAGGCGCCGCGGGUGGACGGGGAGCGGCCGGAGUCGCGCAUCGGUAUGCUGCGGUCGCCGUCGCGCACUGGCCUCGAUCGCUCGCCGUCGCGCACGGCGCUGGACCGCUCGCCGUCGCGUACCGGACUUGACCGGAGCAUGUCGCGUGCCGAGCUCGAUCGCCCUGGUGUACCGCGUCUUGCUGCACGGACCGUGCCGCGCUCGCCCGCGCGCGCGCAGGCGCCUCCUGCGUCACCGUGGCGUAGGGCGGAGACGAAGCCUACUGCGCCGUCGUUUAUGCGCUCGACCGAAUCGCCGAGCCAUACGCCGCAGCGCCCUGUGCCGAGCCGCGAUGCGACACGCUCGCCUGGCCGCCUGCGUGACGACCUUCUCUCUCCUUUCCGUAUCGGAAAAGAGGCGCCGAGUGCGUCCAAGGCCCCGGCGAGCCCUCCCCGUUCCACGGCCAAGGUGCUGAACCGCAUCCCGACCGCGCGCUCAGUCCACCCCGCACGCCCUGCAUCGCCCAAGCUGACGAUGCAGGCGAGUCCCGGCGAGCGGGCGGCGGCCCCCUCUGGCUUUGGUGCGCGUGUCAAAGGGCUGCUUGGCCUCCAGACGAGCAACGCCAAAGGAGCACGCCCCGCGUCCCCCCAGCGCCCUGCAAGUGCGCUAGCCGUGGCGUCGCCUGCUGGCGUGCACCGCCCCGCGUCGCCCGAGUCGCCUGCGCGUGCCGUGCAUACGGCGCUCGGCAUCCACGACGAGGACGAAGAGGAUCUGCUAGCGCCCGGUGGUUUGCCCGGCGCCUUUGACGCGCCGCCCAAGGCUGAGGCGCCCGUGCGCAAAGUCGUGCUACCUGCGCGUCCCUCGGCGUCCAAGUCCAAAGGUGUGCUGGGCACGUCGCUGUCCUCUGCGGCCGUGCGUCCCAUCCCCCGUGUGCCUGCGCCGUCGCGCCAAUCCCAAAAUGUGCGCCCCUCGCCGAUGUCUUCCCGAGUAUCUGCGGCGCAGUCCUAUGCGUAUGAUGCAGAGGCCAAGCGGCGGAAGCUGUCGCAGCAGCCGCUGCACGAGUCGACCAACCAGGACGACCGUGUCUCGACCGAGUCAGCGCUCAAGAGCAAGCUCACGACGAGCGCCGGCACCGGAGCCGUGCGUCUGUCCAAAGUCGGGCAUACGACGGCGCGCCCUCCCAGUGUACGUCCCCCUACGAAUGCUACGCGUACGUGGACCAAACCCCCCGCGUCCAGCCGUUCCUCGGCGCUGAGCACGGCCAACGUCUUCCAGCAGCACUCGGCGGUGGCUGACGUGAGCAUGGAAGAGCUGCCCGACGUGCAGAGCGAAUACUCGGACUCGGACGACGAGGAUUCGAUCAAGAAGCGCAAGCUCGAGCCGUCCUGGACGCGUGGCCGCGAGCUCGAGGAUAUCCUGCUGCAGCAGUCGACGAUCGACCCUGACGAGAUCUUUGGGUGCCAAGUCGGUCCGGUGCCGCUCGAGACGAUGUUGCCGACGACAAAAAACGGCGAGGCCCGCACCUAUCGCAAGCGCACGAGCUCUGCGAACUGGAGCGGUCCCGAUGGCCUGGCGCAGUGGGAGAUUGACCGCUACAACGAGCGAAUGGGCAUCGACACCCGCCGAGCGUAG